UUUUACGGAAUAGCGACUUGACUUGAGACAUGUGUCCGUAUGAUUUAUAGCUUAAAUCUGGCUAUUUACGGGUUUUUACCGCUUUAACAAAUCUCACAAACGCCGGAAUUGUUCUAGGAAUCGAUUCCAACUGAUAUGCGGAAUGGGCGACAUUGCUAAAUGAAAAGAAGCGAGGGUUUUUUUAGACGACCUUGUUUGAAUUAAUACUAGACAAUUACUUCGCCCUCUCAUCCCCUCGUAAUGGCCCGACUUGUCUUAAUGCUCUUUGUUUCUAUUCCUCCUUUAGCUAAAAUUACCGAACAACGGCCUUAACAACCGCAACGUCUGGAACACGGACUCUUCGCCUGCAGAAGAUGAAGAAAUCUGGAAAGCGUGAUCCAUCAUCAGACAAUCGUGUUAAUCAACUUGGAGGCAGCUAUAGGAACGGGAAGCCACUGUCUAACGAAAUGCGCAGAAAAGUUAUCGAGCUAUCUUUAAGCGGAAUCCGUCCUUGUGAAAUAAGUCGACAGCUGAAAAUCACUCAUGGGUGUAUCAGUAAACUGCUAUCAAAAUUCUUCAAGACCGGUUCUCUGGUGCCAGGGCACGGCACCGCAGGCAGACCCCGAGUGAUAACACCAUGGAUUGAAAUGCACAUCGAUAGGUACCGCAAAGAACAACCGGGAAUAUUCUCCUGGGAGAUUCGAGAGCGAUUGCUGAGAGAGAAUGUCUGUUUUGAGACAUCACUUCCUUCGCUCAGCUCAAUCAACCGACUCGUGAAGAGCAAGAUUAAGCAGCAGUGUUCUGAACAGGAGCGAAGUAAAAUUAAUAAUGAAUUCGAAAAGGAUAGUCAUCAUAAUAUUAAUCACGAAAGAAAGAUCAAUUCUAAUUAUACCAUCGAUAAUAUUCUCAGUAGCAAGGAUAAUAUCAGGACAACGAAAACUACCGUAACUUAUCAUCCAGUACAAGUGAUACGUUCAACUGGCUAUGAAAGACAAAAGACCGAAGAGGAAUACUCUAAUGACUCGUGUCAAGAAUGGAAAGCAGUGUUACCUCAAGAAGAAUCUGAAGAUGAAAAGAGGUUCUUUCACACAUCUAAGAGUCCCUUAAGGAGGCAGCGAAUGAGGUUUUCAAGACACCAAAUGAAAUGUUUGGAGAAGGAAUUCGAGUUGAAUCCAUACCCGUCAAACAAAGAACGAGAAAACAUAUCCAAUGCCCUUGAGGUGGAAGAAGCCAAAGUUAGGGUUUGGUUUUCCAACCGAAGAGCAAAGGUCAGGAGUAGAGUUUCACCAACAAUCCACUCCUACCAUUCGCUGCCAUAUCCAUCAACAACAAACAAUAAAGGCUGUCACUCUUGUACUUGCAACCACAUCAAUAAACCAGCUAUGUUCCCCCUUCAGAUAAGCGCUGGCCCUUCAAGGCUAUUCUUUCCAUCAGGGUAUCGCCCUUUACAUUAACAUAAUAAGACAGCUUCGUACAUGCAUUUGAAAUUACCAUCACUCCAUCAUAUGGUUUCCCCGUAUCCGUCGUUGCCAUGGGGAUAAUAUUCCUUUAUAUCAAAGGAACAGAAACACGUUGCAACUUCUACGCGCUACAUCAUCAUGAUGUACGCAUCAACGAGAUAAUGCGUCGUGUGACUGUGACUAUUGAAGGACACCAAUAGUCCCCUUCACAGUUCCCUCCCGCGCCAUCUUGAAAGAUAGCCGUGCCUUUGCAUCGAAGCGAGACGAUUGGUGAGCUUGCAAUGAUAGAGACCUUUUUUUAACACCUUGGGCAAUUAUUCACAUGUUUCUAUCAUUGCAAGCUCACCGUUCGUCUUGCUUCGAUGCAAAGCCACGGCUACCUUUCAAGAUGGCGGACGUAACUGUGAAAGGGAAUAUUUCAUCGUGUAAAACACGUCAUUGGAUUCAGAUUAAUUUUCCGCUAAUGUACCUACCGCUAGUUGUCGCAAGUGUUUAUUUAAUUAGCCUUUCCGAGGUUGAGGGAAAAACUGGGUCAAGUUGGCACUGCAGUGCAUUGUGGGGUUGCUUUAAGGGACACAUUUCUAAUAUGGCGUCUACUUCGUUCCAUAAAACAGCCCUAAAAUGCAAAAUGUUGUCUUUUUUGUUGGUCGCUUUUUGAAUAUUUUACGGUUUCUAUUUCAUCUUAUUGGAGGCUUAGCAAAAAGCCUUUAAAGCACGUACACGUUACGUCAUGCAUUGAAAUGGUAUCCCAAUAUAUAUCUCAAUAUGUUCUCAUUCGCAUCAGCCAAUCAAAUCACAGUACAUAAUAUAAUACAGUAACGGUAACAUACGGUAGGUUAUUUUACGAAUAAGAUUUUUCAUAUAUCUUUUUUUCAUAACUCUUUCUUAAUUAUAAUCUAAUGAUAGCUUUUGAAAUUUUCUUUCAUGAAGUACCACUUCCAUGCAGUCACCAUUAUUACACAUACGUAAAAAUAUUGUUUUAAGACUAAUUUUCUUAAUAAUAUAUAUUCUAUAUAAUAUAUGUAGUAUAAUUGAAGUAUUAAAAGCAUUCCCAAAAGAGUCAAAAGACAAAACCAUGGCUAACAUGGUUAACAAUGGAUGCUUAUGAGACUUUUUUUGUUAAAUGGCAAUGACGUAACGUGUAAUCGAAUAAUAAGGUUAGUAAUCAAAAAACCUUCAAAGCUCAGACCGUUGAGGAUCAUGGGAAAGCUGAAAGCUCUUUGAUACAGGCUGUAGUUUAAGGAUGCUCUCAGGAGGUUAAACUGUAACUGGUAAAAGAUCCAUUAAUAGUUAUCAAGCCGAAUCGAAACAUUGCUGUGAAAAAUCUA